AUGAAACAGUUCGGACUCUACCUCUCCUUCCCGAUCGGCUACAUGUACUACUUCGGGACAAACCUGGAGAACCGCUUCGCCGUGCCGGGCUUCUGGCCCACGCCCGAACAGUCGCACAAGAUCCCCUACGAGAAGGAGGAGAUCAGGGCCGAGAUCGAGCGCCACCAGCGCCUCAUGAGGGAGCAGAGCGAGCAAAGGCAGAAAGAGAAGAGAGAGGCGCUGGAACAGGCCAAGGUCGCCUUUGCCGCCCAGAGGGCGAGGGGUGAGAGCGAGAGCGAAGUGGUGGACGAGCAGAAAGAGACGGUUUGA